UCCUCCCUGUUGAGGAGGACAGGGUCAAAAUGCAUCUGCCAGAGCAGAUCUCCCUGGCUAAGUCAUCCCACAAAAAGGUCAGAGGGCAAAAGGAAUUUCUGGAGGUUGUGUAGCUCAAACUCCAGUUCAAAGGGUGUCUCUGAAAAAUAACAAGCCCCCUCACUCAAGGGUGUGGAUCCAGAGCCCAGUGUGGUGUGUGCAGAUGAUACACAAACACCACUGCUGUGAAUUUACACAACUCUAUAAGUAGCAUUUACUCUUCCCUUCCUUCACUAAUAGCACUAACCAGUAUGAUCUCACACUCCCUCUCCUGGUGAGAGGUCAUGCUUUAAAAUCCAAUAUUCUACCCCUCUUCCCACUUCCAUAAGCACAACAAUACCAUUCCCAGGCAUGAAACAUCAAUCUAGGCUUGUGUGACCCCUCAGUAACUUUGCUGGAGGCUCAUACAUGCUGUCUGCAUUGAGAGGGAAGGACAAAGAAUUUGAGAGGAGACUUGAAGUGAGCAGGUCAGUGACCUGUCCUUAUUGCUCUGGUGAAAGCAGUCAGGAGAGCUUUCCAAAGUAAACACCAAAUUUCAUACACUGAGUGCAAUCAAGCUAUCCAGUUUGCAGGAAUAAAGAUACAAACCACUCAGGGAGUUUACCUAGGAAGCGACUCAGAUGCGCAGCAGAAAUCAGGUCAAUCUGCUUUUCAAGUGACAUCAGAACCUCAGGCAAAACCAAGCUGGUGUGGUUUCCCAGAUCCUCUGUGCUCCGUGUGUCUGUGUGUGUAACGUGCUGUUUUCCCUAAGGGUACUCCCUGAGCCAAAUCUAUUCUAGGAUUCUCCUCAAGACACUGCAGUUUAGGUCUAGUUUUAUGACUAACCCGGAUUUCUACACGGGGCAAAUUAAAACAGACAGCUUGGGACACAGCUGUCAAGGCCAAGUCUACUUGACUACCAGCCAUAUUUCCUGGUCCAGAGGAGAAGUGGUUUUCUGCUUCCCUUUCCUAUAGUCUCCAGGAUGGGUUAUAUAACCAUGAAUGGGAGCAGCAAAUUCACUCCUUUUGUUUCGCCCCACUCAGGAAAACUACCCCUCAUUUGUAGGGUCACAACUUCAUGUCUCAGACAAAAACCUUGCACUGCAGCACAGUUGCUUUCAGGAGGCCUUGUGAGAAAUUCCAGGCUGGAAAAAGACAAACUGUUGCUGUGCUGUCUCCAAGAGUGGCAAUGCUCUUUGUUCUGCUCCUGAGCAAAGAACAGGAGGAAAUGGCUGGUGACAAAGUACGCCCUGGAGGACAGCACCAUAUCAUCAUAAUGAUGAACGUGCUGGUACAGGUGCUUGUUUUAUCACACUGGAUUAGGGGUUUAGUGCUGACACAGCUUAAACAUUAAUAUUUGCCUAUUUAAGCCAGAUGCACUAGCACAGUCUGGCCAGAGAGGUAAUCACCAUGGCUGAUUUCGGAGAUGUCAUAAGUGCUCUGGGGGAGUUUGGGCUAUACCAGAAACUACUGAUACUGUUGCUCACCCUCCCACUCCUUCUUAAUCCUUUCCAAAUGGUUGGCCAAGUGUUCAUGGUUCUGGAUGUGCCCCACCACUGUAACACCAGCUGGAUCCGCGCCGUCGGCCCCAACCUGACACAGGAAGAGCAGCUGAACCUCACCCUGCCCCGGGAUGCGGACGGGAAGUACGAGCAGUGCUCCAUGUACUCCCCGGUGGACUGGGACCUGGACUCCAUCGUGGCAUACGGCCUGAACGCCACGCAGAAGUGCAGCAAUGGCUGGGUGUACCCAGCAGAGCCACCAUCCCUGCUGACCGAGUUUGACCUGGUGUGUGAAAGGACGAUCCUGAACGACAUCUCCCAGUCCAUCUACAUGGCUGGGCUUCUCGUAGGAGCCAUGCUCUUUGGGGUGCUAAGUGACAGGAUCGGCCGCCGGCCAGUCAUUCUGAUCUGCAUGCUCCUCCAGGGCGUGUUUGGUCUAGGAACUGCCUUUGUGCCCCAUUUCUAUGUCUACAUAGCCAUCAGGUUUGUCGUGGGGGUUGCAGCGUCAGGAAUUAUGAUUACUGUCGUGGCCCUGGGUACAGAGUGGGUUGGAAUCUCCUUCCGGCCACAGUCAGUGCUUAUUGCUCAGGCUGCUUAUCCCAUCGGAAUGAUGAUGGUGGCUGGACUGAGCUAUGGAAUCCGCAACUGGAGGCUGCUGGAGAUUGCAGGAUCCGCUCCUAUGUUUCUCCUUUUCUUCUACAUCUGGGUGCUCCCAGAGUCAGCUCGGUGGCUGGUGACAAAAGGCAGGAUAGAGGAAGCCAAGAAGCUCCUUCAGAAGGCGGCGGCCAUCAACAAACGCAGCCUCCCGGAAGGACUCCUGGAGCAGUUGAAGCCUGAGAAACAAACCAAGUCUGGAAGUCUUCUGGACCUCUUUCGGAAGAAGCACCUCCGGAAGGUGACUUUAAUCAUGUCGUGUGCCUGGUUUGCAGACAGCUUUGUCUACUAUGGACUGAGCCUUAGCGUGACAGGUUUUGGUCUGGACAUCUACGUGACACAGCUGGCCUUUGGGGCCGUGGAGUUUCCAGGUCGAGUUUGCCUCAUUUUCCUGCUGGAGUGGUUUGGGAGGAAGAAAGUGCAGGUUGCAUUCCUGAUGCUGUCUGGCCUGUUGUGCCUCAUCCUCGCUGGCAUUCCUGAAGACCAGCCUGUGGCCAUCACUGUCCUGGCCAUCACUGGCAAGUUCACAGCCACGACCGCUUUCGCCACCUCCUACGUCUACACCGCAGAGCUCUUCCCCACGGUCGUCAGGCAGACCGGCGUGGGGCUGUGCUCCACCAUGGCGAGGGUGGCCGGGAUCCUGGCCCCGCUGAUCAUCCCCCUGGACCGGUAUCACCGGGCCAUCCCCAUGGCCGUCUUCGGGAGCAUCCCCCUGCUUGUGUCACUGUCCUGCAUCCUGCUGCCUGAGACCCGUGGCGUCAGCCUGCCGGAUGACACAGGGAAGGGCAAAACCCCAGCUGAGAAAGAGAAGAGUGGAGAGGUUCUAAGAGAGUUUUCUAAGAGAGACUCCAGAGAGGAGGAAGCAGACUUGGAGAAGGACAACUGAAGGUGCUCAGAAAUCAAGCCAUGAUUGGACAGGCACACACUAAUGGUCUAGUCAGAUUCAGUCUUUCUUGAAGCCGGCCAGGGAGGCACUGCUGCCUGGAAACUGGUCUUUCAGAUGAUGAACACAAUACCCAUGGUCAGAGGGAGAGGAGAUCUGUGUCACCCUGUGUUUGGGAAACACGCACUUCAGACUGUUCCUCAAGCCCGGUUCUGCCAUGCCUGGCUGCGCAGAGAGUCCUCCCGAUGUGUUUUCCCAGUCCUUCGCAAACUGGUACCCCUGGAACCACCCCUGUCGUGUUUUACAGCAAUAAAGAAUCGCCAGCAGAGUGGUUGUACUGGGCAAGCGGGCGCCGGGCUGUGUCCCUCCUGCACUAACGGCCUGGGCCGGCACCUCCUCGCCGGCCGAGCCCCCACGUUUGAUCAGGAUGUCACUGAAACCCCGUCACACACGUAUUUAGCUUUUCUUUCUAUGUGGUGUUGAAGUUGAGUUUCUACAUGAAUAAUAUAAAUUAUGCUCUGAGUUUGAUAAGAGACACUUGUAAUGCAAUAUGUGAAUAAUAAAUGGUGUUGACUCUUU